AUGCGUAAUCUUAGAAGUAUUCAUCGCUCCUUGUUAACGAGCCCGGCAGGACUCAAAUUAACAGCUUCCGCCUGGGAUGUUGCAAGUGACAGCGUGAUAUGCGCCUUUGGGCCCACCAAAGACAAUGUCUUACUGGAGCUCAAACGCUGGAAGAAAUAUGAGAAAAUCUACGAGCCCAUAGCAGCCUGGGAUGCACCGUGUCCACUGCCAGACCUCGAGUGCGACGAGAUACUGGAUCUGCAUUACUUUUCUGAUUCUUUCACAAUAUGUCUGGUUCUUGCAGGUGGGGAUCUUAUUGUUGUCCGUGAAGAACCACAGGCUGGGGAAGAGAAGAUAGAGAUCGUUGGCUCUGUAGAUGCAGGUAUCUCCGCCACUGCAUGGUCCCCCGACGAAGAGCUUCUUGCUAUCACGACAAGAGCUUCUACAUUACUCUACAUGACGAGAGAGUUCGAGAAUGUUACCGACGUUACAUUAAUUCCUGAUGACCUGAAAGCCUCAAAUCAUGUUUCUGUUGGUUGGGGAAAGAAGGAAACUCAAUUCAAAGGGAAAAAAGCCAGAGCUCUCCGAGAUCCUACGGUCCCUGAGACAGUUGAUGAAGGCGUACUCGAUGCGAACGAUGCAAAACAGACGACCAUCAGCUGGCGCGGAGAUUGUACUUACGUUGCAAUUAAUAGCAUUGAAUCAAACUCACGUCGAGUCGUUCGUAUCUUCUCGAGAGAAGGUGUCCUUGAGAGCGUCAGCGAGCCUGUUGAUGGCUUGCUAGGUGCCUUGAGCUGGAGACCUGCCGGGAAUCUCUUGGCCGGUAUACAGCGUCUCAAUGACUGCGUCAGAGUCGUCUUCUUCGAAAGGAACGGUCUACGCCACGGGCAAUUCAAUUUGCGGCUGAAACAAGAAGAAUUGAGUACUUGGGGCGCUCAAAUUUCUCUAAAUUGGAAUGUUGACUCGUCCGUGCUUGCUGUACGCUUCAACGAUAGGAUUCAGCUAUGGAUCAUGGGAAACUAUCAUUAUUACUUGAAGCAAGAGGUUUUGCUUUAUUCAAAAGAAACGUGCACGCAACCAGUUUCAUUGAUAUGGCAUCCAGAAAAACCAUUGCAUUUUACUUUGCACGGCCAAGAAAGUAUUCAAAGAGCCGCCUACGCCUCAAUUGUCACGACCAGUCCUACGUCACCGCCAAAUGAUCAUGGAAUUGUUGCUGUUGCUGACGGAAAAUGCCUCAAGUUGACUCCUAUGCGAGUGGCCAACGUUCCGCCUCCUAUGGCACUGCAUGAAAUUGAGAUCAGCAGUAACAUCAUCGACGUCGCCGUUACGGUCUGCUCAAAUCCUCAUCCUAGGGCUAUCAUUGGGGUUUUACACCACGAGGGAUACAGUCAAUUCGAGUGGUCGCUGUUAUCAAUGGUUCAGAACCCACCGGUUUGCAGGUUCACUAAUGGCUUCUGGUCGACAGAUACAGACACGAUCACAAUUCGAGAUAGAUUGCAUCUACAAAUUUCUUUCAGCGGCAAUGCAAGCCUGUUAUUCUCUAAAAGCAUGGACAAUUCUUCAUUUACUGUCAUCGGAGAAGACGGCGGACAUGUGGGUCAAAUCUUUCUGCAUGAGACAGACGUUGAAGGCAUGAUCAGAAAUUCAUGGAUUUCGAAGUCGAAAACAUACGUUGUGCUGGACCAUAAUGGCAAAUCAAAGUUAAAAGAGAGGGUUCAAGGGUUCAAUUAUAUUGGUGUGGCUAGUAUAGAACUGGCCCUCUCGCCUUUUUCAGCGCAGAGGGUUGAUACCGUAGUGUGCGGCUUCGAGAUCAAGCACGCUGUCAAUAGCUUGGUCAAUGGAGGCGAAACGCCGGCCACAAAAGACAUCAUCUUCAGUCUUGCCGACAAUGGGUUCCUCUUUGCCAAUGAGCGCCGCCUCGCAAGGAAUUGCACGUCGUUCCUCGUGACCCCCGCGCAUCUGAUAUUCACCACCGGCCAACAUCUACUGAAAUUUGUCCACCUCACGGAGGAGACUGAAGACCUCGAGAUACCUCCUGAUACACCAGAAUCAGAUGAGCGAUGCCGUAGCAUUGAACGAGGUGCCAAACUGGUGACAGUUAUGCCCUCGAUCUUCGCUUUGAUCCUACAAAUGCCUAGAGGUAAUCUGGAAACCAUCUAUCCCAGAGCGCUGGUGCUUGCAGGGAUUCGAGAUAACAUCAACAAGAAAAACUACAAAAAUGCGUUCCUGGCGUGCAGAUAUCAAAGGGUAGAUAUGAAUAUAUUGCACGACCAUGCUACUCAGCAAUUCCUUUCGAAUGUCGACUUAUUCAUUGAUCAAGUCAAGAAGGUGGAGCAUGUUGAUAUUUUCCUGUCGCAGCUCAGGGAAGAGGAUGUGUCCAAGACCAUGUACAAAGAAACCCUUCCGGGAGGCGAACAUUCGCAAGUUUUGUCAGUUCUUGAGAGUUCAGAGGCCAGUAUCUCCAAGGUCAAUCGGAUAUGUAACGCGUUCCUGGAUGCUCUGAAGAAUCGCACCUCAACCCACUUUCAAAACGUCGUCACAGCCCAUGUUUGUAAGGCACCCCCGGAUCUCGAAGCUGGUCUGACUCAGAUCGCUGGCUUGAGGAGUAAGAACUCGGACCUAGUAGAUGCCGCGAUAGAGCACAUCUGCUUCCUGGCUGACGUCAAUCGGCUUUAUGACAACGCACUUGGACUUUACGAUCUUGAGCUGGCAUUGCUAGUUGCUCAGCAAUCUCAGAAAGAUCCCAAAGAGUAUCUUCCCUUUUUGCGAAAUUUGCAAGGGAUGUCGGUCCUGCGAAGACAGUACUCCAUUGAUAAUCACCUUGGUCGGUUCAAGAAGGCUCUGAGGCAUCUGUGUGAUCUAAGUGCCUUUGACGAGGUCAAGGAUUACACCAUAAAGCGCAGCUUGUACCCAGAGGCUCUAGACUUCUACCGCUACCAAGAAGAUAAGCACAAGGAGAUGAUGCGCCUGUAUGCUGAUUUCCUACAGCAAAAUGGGAAGUUCAAAGAAGCUGGAGUAGCUUAUGAGUAUCUCAACGACUAUAGUUCUGCGAGCGAGGCUUUCCGUCAAGCCCAUCUUUGGAAAGAAUCUCUUUCUUGCGCCACCCUCACACCUUUGCCACAACAUCAGCUCCGUUCUCUCGCCCAGACACUCGCAGAUAGCCUCUUGGAAUCCAAGGACUUCUUCUCUGCUGCGACGAUCCAUCUCGACUACCUCGUCGAUAUCGCCACAGCAUGCCGUACCUUCUGCAAAGGUUACUUCUUUGCUGAUGCCCUCCGCAUUGUCGGACUUCAUCAGCGACCCGACUUGCUCGAGUCAGUCAUCGACACGGGCCUAGUAGAAGGCAUGGCAUCUGUGACCGAGCUGUUAGCUGACUGCAAAAGCCAGCUCAAUGCACAGAUACCUCGAUUACGCGAACUGCGGACGAAGAAAGCUGAAGACCCCCUAGCAUUCUUCGAUGGCGACGUCAAUGGUGGCGCGGAUAUCCCGGACAAUGUCUCUCUCGCCACAACUGAUGCGUCUACCAUGGGAGGUACACUACUGACGCAAUAUACAAACCGGACCGGAACAGUAGGUACGAAUGCUACGAGGCGAACGUCAAAAAAUAGGCGAAGGGAAGAGAGGAAGAGAGCUAGAGGUAAGAAGGGAAGUGUGUAUGAAGAGGAGUAUUUGGUCAAUAGCGUUGGAAGACUGAUUGACAGGAUCAAUACUGCCAAUGAAGAAGUGGAGAGGUUGGUUGUUGGGUUAAUGAGGAGAGGGAUGAGGGAGAGGGCUGGAGCUGUGGAGAAUGCUAUGUUUGAGGUUGUGGAGCUGUGUAAGGGAUGUCUCGAUGAAGUAUUUAAGAGCGAUGUCAAGAAGAUGGUCGAGCAGAAAGAGAUCGAGGAAGAGGAGCGUAGGCCAAAAGGAGGAGAAGGGGUGCUGUGGGAUACUCUGGAAGGGGACAAAGAAAGAGAAGCACCAUCCGUGAAAGCCUUCGACAGACUAUCACUUCUUGGUCGAUAG